CUCUGCGCGCACCCGGAACGCCCUUUCACGCGUCGCCCAGCCCAAAGGCCAUCGCUGCCGCGCGCCUCUGCUUCCGCGAACCGGACGCCGGCCUGGUCCGCAACCCAUUUUGCAUUUUACCCUUACCCGCUUAUAUAUACGCGCCUUUUCCACCGUUAGCCGUCUCACAUUGCUCUGCUCCACGUCCACCGCCCGCCAACGCCACAGGAUUUAGCUAGUGCCGGACCAGUAGGAGUCUCACUGCGCAGUGCGUGGUGCUCUGACUUUGAUGCGCCUAGCCGCCGCCGGCCAUGGCCUCCGCCGUCGCUAGUAACCUCCCCGCCGCCGUGCCGUAUGGCUGGCCCAGCCCGGGCGUCUCGUUCGGCCGUGAUGCGGCCGCUGAGGAGCCGGUCGUGUCUUCUCCGGCGGCUGCCGUGGCUGUGACCAUGACUGUGGCCACGCCGGAGCCGGCGAUCUCGAAGGACUUCAUCGACUUUGAGUUCAGUCUCGGUGGCUCUGCCACCAUGCUCCCCGCUGACGAGUUGUUUGCUGAUGGGAAGCUGCUCCCGUUGAGAAAGGCGGCGCCUUUGCAGGAUCCGGAGGCCGCGGUGCUCCCGCCGGCGCAGGCGCAGGCAAUGCCGGCGCCGACGGAGCCGAUCAAGCUCCUCCGCGCUGCUGCGGUCGCCGCGGCCAAUGGCACCGAUCCCUACGUGUUCUCGCCGAAGGCGCCCAGCUGCUCGAGCCGGUGGCGGGAGCUGCUCGGGCUCAAGAGAGCGGCGGCCGAGCAGAGCUCGAGCCCGAAGCCCUCGCCCUCACCAGCUGCGGCGGCGAAGACCCCGGCACGGGCGACGAACUCGGCGGUGGCGAGGUCUCUCAAGCUCCUGCUCCAGCGGAACAAUGGCCGCGCGUCGGGCGCUGCGGCGUCGGACCUUGCGUCGGCACCGCUCCUCCGCGACAGCUCCGACUCGGAGGGGUCGCUGUCCCUCGCCUCCUCCCGCUUCUCGCUCUCCUCCUCCUCGUCCUCCUCCGGCCACGACCACGACGACAUCCCCCGUCUCUCCCUCGACUCCGCCGCCGACCCCAACCCUCCCCGCAUCCGCCUCGUCCGCACCUCCCACCACCGCCACUCGACCUCCAACUCCACCCGGGCCGGCCGCAGCCCUGCGCGGCGCCGCCCCUCGCCGCCCCCUCCCCCGGGCUGCCUCUCCGUGGACUCCCCGCGCAUGAACUCGUCCGGCAAGAUCGUGUUCCAAGGCCUGGAACGCAGCUCCAGCUCCCCGUGCCGCUUCCACGCCACGUCCAAGUCACGGUCCCGCGCGGUGGACCGGUUCUACUCGUCCGGCGUCCGCGUGGCCCCAGUGGUGCUUAACGUGCCCGUGUGCUCGCGGCCGGUGUUCGGGUUCUUCAAGGACAAGAAGGACUCCGCCGCGGCGAAGGACUCGACGGCGGCGGCAAGGUCCCGGUCGUCGCUGGGCCGGAAGACGCCGCCGCAAGGGUGGAGCGGCGAGCUGCCGAGAUGCUCCAGCUAAUUUGACUAUGUUUGACCGGGUAGCUGUGACCUUGUUUGUCUUGUUUGCCAAAGAAUCGCCAUGAUGGGAGGAUAGUAGCUUGGUCUUAACUGAUUUUGUUUGUUCUUUGGAGACGAUCAGAAGGUCUAAUCAACUGACUGUUCUUCCUUUUUCUUUUCUUUUUUGCUCGACUGUAAAUUUCGAGUUUUGUUCUGCUUUUCUGCCACCUCAAAGUUGUUACCCUGGCACUGGCACUCCUGAUCUAUUAGGUUGUUUGCAAGAACAUGAAAAAAUUUCCACAACGCUGUUUGCUGAAAACCUUAUGCUCUGGUUACAUUGUUCAGUUCAGAUCGGUUACUGUUCCAUUUGGUGGUUUGAACUUUGAACAGUCGAGUUACAGAUCAUGGCAGCAUUUUUAGGGCAGAGUGAUGGAAAUCCGCUCGCUCGAAGCAAGCCCUCGCUGUCUGUGCUUAUCUGCGUCGGAGUCAGCAAAUGCCGCCAGUAGAUGCCGGUUCAGGGGAGCGUAGGCAGACCAAGUAACACGGCCGGUCCGAGCAGACCGGCCCUGUCUCCGGUUUGAUCUGUUCUUGAUCCGGGCACUGUGCCGCAUGUGCCCGCCUCUAAAUAUUCGCGCAGAGGCAUGGUGGCAUACACCAACAGCUUUCUUUUUUUACUCACGGCAAAGGCGUCGCCGCGAUCGGCGCGGCAGGCUAGCGCCCGUUGCCGCCACGGCA